AUGUCUUUAUAUUCCGAUUCAACUCAACCAGGCUCAGCCGCGAUUCCUAUAGUCGCACCUACUGCAGAGAAAGAUUCCUCCAAAAAUUCUGUGUUGAAUUCUAAAACAAGGACAUGUAGAAAUUUGAUUAUACAUGGUUAUUGCAAAUAUGAAGGAAAAGGUUGCGAGUUCAAGCACGAUAUAAGUAAAACAACCUCUCCACCGAAUGGCCCCGAAAUAACCAAAAGUACAAAAUUAAGUGUCAACUCUCCAGUUUUCAAACCCGCAAACGUUCUCUCAACGAUUCCACCAGAAGUUGUGAAUGCACCACCAUUCAUUCCGAAAAACAAUCAAGUCAACCCUACUAGUGUUCCAGGUUCACCCCAACAACAGCUUUUUUAUGAUUCUGGUGAUCAAGACAUGUCGUCAUAUGAUUCCACUACCGGACAUUAUUCAUCGCAGCUUUCAUCCGCGUCGUUUUUAAUGUCUUCUGUUAAUUCCGCAAGUCAAGGUUUGAAUGCACUUGCCAAUUCUUUCGCUUCUUUAGGAUUAAAUAAUAGUACGACAGAUUUUGUUGUUCCUGAUACGUUACAAGAAACUUCACCUAACAAUAUGAACUUUUUCUCUACAUCAAAUCAAAUGGAUCAAAUGGAACCAUUUUUAUAUCAAUCACAGAAGGCAAUUUUGCCUCAACCACUUCAAUAUCAUUUAUAUUCAUCACCCCUCUCGCAUGUAUCAAAUUUGCAUCCACAUCAAAAAACCAUUCAUGCAUUCUUUAUGUCAGACAAUUUAAGGGAAGAAUUACAACGGAAAAAUGAUGUUACAUUAAGAUCUGUUAAUGCAAAAGACCUUAAUUUACCUGAAGAAAUUCAUGUUUAUCAUUCAUUAUAUCCACUUGAUUUUCGUCAAGAAAAGUCAAUAAAAAAUUUUGGAUAUCCUAGUUGGGCAUAUAAAUCAAUUUGUAGUGUUGAUGGACGUGUGUAUAGUUUAAGACGUAUUGGAGGAUUUCGGUUAACAAAUGAGUUAGCCAUGUCAUCAAUUGAAAAUUGGCGAAGAAUUAGACAUGCAAAUAUUGUUUCAAUUCGUGAAGCUUUUACCACGAAAGCUUUCGGUGACCAUUCUCUCGUCGUCGUUUAUGAUUAUCAUCCAUUAUCACAGACAUUAUUCGAUAAACAUUUCUCUUCUUUGCAUACACCCAAUCAGCUUAUUCAAGGGGGGGUUAGUGGGGAUAACGUUCCCGAAUCAGUUCUAUGGAGUUACAUUAUACAAUUGACAUCGGCUAUUAAAACUAUUCAUUCAACAGGUUUAGCUGCAAGAAUGAUUGAAUCUACAAAAAUUUUGAUCACAAACAAAAAUAGCAGAAUACGUGUAAAUUGUUGUGGUAUAUUAGACAUGAUCAAUUAUGACGGUGGGAAAAACAUUCCCCAUUAUCAGCAAGAUGACCUUUUGAACUUUGGAAAAUUAAUUAUUUCUCUUGCGUGUAAUUCACUGUCAUCCGUCCAUAAUCCAAAGUCUAUCGACUUUAUUUCUCGUCACUAUUCACCAGAUUUCAAAAAUGUCACAUUAUAUUUACUAAGCAAACCUUCUCCAACGAAAUCUAUUGAUGAUGUGGUGACAAUGAUUGGAACUCGAAUAUUACAUGAGAUUAAUGGUGUUCACCAUUAUAAUGACUUUUUAGAGAGUGAAUUAAGUCAGGAAUUAGAAAAUGGAAGAUUAGUACGUUUAUUAUGUAAAUUUGGUUUCAUAAAUGAACGUCCGGAAUUUGAUAUGGAUCCAAGUUGGUCAGAAACUGGUGAUAGAUAUUUAAUAAAACUUUUUAGAGAUUAUGUAUUUCAUCAAGUUGAUGAACAUGGAUACCCUGUCAUCGAUAUGUCUCAUGUUUUAGUUUGUCUAAAUAAGUUGGAUGCAGGUAUCGAUGAAAGAAUAAUGUUGGUUUCAAGAGAUGAACAAUCAUGUCUCAUAGUCUCUUAUAAAGAGAUAAAAAACUGCAUUGAUUCGGCAUUUAGAGAUCUCUCAAGAAAAUAA